UAACAAAGCCAGAAAGAAACUUGGUUGUGAGAAAUAUGGCGGCUGUGACACCAAUUGUGAUGCCGAUUGUGAGCGCAUGUUUGGGGGCAUUCUGUGCUUGUAUUAACCCAGACAUUCAAGAAAAACUGAAGUUCAUUAAAAAAAGCACAAAAGAUUUUCUGGAUGAUGCAGAGAGGGCAUUGAAAGAUCUCAAGGAUAAUUAUGUCCUCCGAGAUCAGGAAUUAUUGGCCAGUAGGCAUGGGAUGCAACUCACACCACAAGCUCAAAGAUGGCAUGAAAAGGUUCAAAUCAAUGAGAAAGAAACCAAGAUGAAAGAAAUAAAUGAUGACUACACCAACAGAGGUCGUCUUAUUGGAAGUUGCUCUCUCAAUUGUUGGGCUAACUACAAGAUUAGCCAAAGAUCAAUCAAGUUAUUCAAAGAGAUCAAGACAUUGAAGACAGAACAUAAUGAUUUCAAAGAAAUAACAGAAUCACAACCUCCAAGAGUAGUUAGGGAGAUCCCUACUUCAAUUAUUGCUGUGGACAGUGUAAUAAAGUUAAAUCUUGAGAAAGUUCGUGGUUACUUGGCUGAUGACAAUGUAUCCAUGGUAGGGAUUUGGGGCAUGGGAGGGGUUGGAAAGACAACUCUCUUGAAUGAAAUCAAUAACUCAUUACAAGAUGGUGAUACUAACUUGUGGUUCAAGCAUGUUAUCUAUCUGGUGGUUUCAAAAGAACCUCAAUUUGAGAAGCUUCAAAUGGAGAUAUCUAAAAGGUUGGGAUUGCCCUGUGACUCCGAGAAGGGUGAUGUAUUUGAGUUUUUGAAGAAUAAGGACUUUUUGCUACUCUUGGAUGAUAUUUGGAAUAGGGUAGACCUUCCAGAAACUCUUGGUAUUCCACUUCCUCAUCAACAAGACCAAAAUUGUGGAGAUAGAGGUCAAAGGUACAAACACAAAGUGAUCUUCACAUCCAGAAAGGAUGAUGUGUGUGCUCAAAUGAAAGCCGACAGGAGGAUCAAAGUUGAAUGUUUAUGUACAGAAGAUGCAUGGCGUCUUUUCAAGCAGCACGCGAAUGAAGGGUUCAUCAGUUCCAGUACUUAUCAUGAAAAACUAGCAAGGAAAGUUAUGAAGAAGUGUUGCGGCUUACCACUUGCCCUUAAAGUUGUUGGUAGUGCCAUGUCGAACAAGAAGACACCUGAAGAGUGGAAAGACAUGCUCACAUCAUUAUGCAAGUUGGACUACCAAACUAUUACACAUGAUAUGGAAGAGCUAUUGUUUCACACUUUAAAGCUUAGUUAUGAUAAUUUGGUUAGUGAUACUUUGCGAGAAUGUUUCUUAUGUUGUGCUCAAUGGCCUGAAGAUGAGCGCAUUCUAGCAUAUGAUCUUAUAGAGUAUUGGAUUGGAUUUGGAUUGAUUUAUGACUUUGAAAAUAUUGGAGAGGCUUUUAACAGAGGAUAUUCUCUCAUUAGAAAGUUAAAUGAAGUAUGUUUGUUGGAAUUGGAGUAUGACUUUGACUCUAAUGAAGAUUAUGUCAAAUUACAUGAUGUGAUUCACGAUAUGGCACUGUGGAUUUUCUCCGAGUGUGGGGAAAAAAAGAACAAAUUGAUUGUAGUUACAAGUGAUGGUUUAAGACAUUCUUUAAAGUGGGAAGCAGUUAGUUGGCAAGAGACAGAACGAAUAUUGCUCAGAGGUUUCAAUAUGAAGAGUCACCUAGAAUUAUUAAGUUAUCAAAAUAUUGAUGAAAAUGACCAAGCUUCUAUUACGCCAACUUCUCCUCGAUAUCCUAAUCUCAAGAGUGUAUCUAUUAAACUAAAUGGUCACUGCCUUUGGUACCAUGAUAGUUUGCUAAACUUUUUUCCUUAUAUGCCGUCUCUCAUAUAUUUGAAUCUAUCUGGGAGUUCUAUCUCGGAUCUUUCAAAAGAAAUUCGACUUUUAGUCAACCUUCGAUACCUCAACAUCAGCUGCACAGAUAUUCAAUCACUUCCACCUGAACUAGAAGAUCUGAACGAAUUAAAAUAUUUCAUUUGCAGAGGUUUUCCAUAUGGAAGAAGGGUUGAUGGGUUGUCUAUAAUGUCAAGGUUGCCCAAGUUGCAAGUGCUUGAUCUAUUUCAUACUACUGGUUUAGAAGCAGAUGAUUUGAGUUUAUUGAAAGGAAGAGUUAAAGGGAUUGGUAUGAAUGUGACCUCAGUUGGGAUUCUUGGACUUCUCAAAUAUUUGCCAACCUGGAAUAUAAGUAUUGAAGGACUACAGAAUAUGUGCACCCUCCAACUUUGUGACUUAAGUGACAAACAUUGUGAGGGUUUGAUGAAGUUAAGAAUCAGUAUGUGUGACUUUGAUGAGUUGUUGAUAAAUGGCAGCGUAAGGCAUAUUAAGUUGGGAAACCUAAAAAAGCUCAAGCAAAUCACUUGGCCAGAAACAGUACCCAGUGAAUGCGUCUCGAGAUUAACGUACGUUUCAUUUAUGAGUUGUAAUUCUCUGAAGAGUCUUUCAUCAGUUGUGCAUCUCCCAUGCCUUAGGACAUUGGUAGUAGAAUGUUGUUCAGCAAUGGAGGAAUUGAUUGACCCUGCAGACAUGCAACUUGCUUCAUUUGGCCGUGCCAUCUUUCCUAGCCUACAAUCUUUGAAUAUCUAUAAUUUGCCAAACUUAGUGAGCUUGAGCACUUGUCCAUUGGAUUUUCCUGUUUUGUCUGAUCUUUACUUGGAAAGCUGUCCUAAAUUGAAGAAGCUUAAUUUCAAGUCAUCCAUUGUCAAUAACAAAUUCAAGGAGGUGAUGGUUAUUGGCAGAGGAUUGUGGGAGGGUUUGGAAUGGGAGGACACAUCAAUCCAAUCUCACCUGACCAAGUUUCGUAAUAUAUAGCAUGCAGAUCUAUAUUCAGGAAUGCAAGGAUAGAGCUAUCAAGAAUUUCAGUACUGUUGAUGCUUGUGCUUCUUCAGCCAUUGCGUGGAUGGCAUCUAGAAGUUCGGUUCCUUGGCAUAGGUUUAGCCUUUCAGCUGGGUCUGGUAUGCUGGCAGGCAUGUGGAUGUUUAAUCUCUCAUUAGUUGGGAUAAAAUUCUAGGGCGUGAUUGGGAUCGCAUGAAGUUGGGAUUGGCUGGCAUGUAGGUUCCCCUUCUCAAUUUAUACAUUUAUAUACAUGUAUAUAUGUUCCCGUAUUUUGCAACACCAUCUGCAAUUGUGGCAUUGUGUGGAGCUCCCCAGUGAUCAUGAGGCAUAAUUAGAUUUAUCUAUUUGUGCUUCGGUAAAUAUGUAAUGGCAGCACCUCUCUAAUUAUUGGUUUUCUUUGUGAUUUUCUAUCAUUUCUUUGUGUAACUUGAUAAUUCCGUUCCCGAUUUAAACUAUGAUUUAUUUUCUACUAAAUAUUUGUAAAGUAUUAUCAC